GUCACCGCUAGCACAAAGUCGCCAAGUCGCUGCCUCACUUUCCCCACCAACACAUAGAAAUCAAUCAAAAUGGCCGAGUACAAGGAAGACCUCGAAAAGUCUGGCGCCGGUGCCCAGAAGAUCCACAAGAUCAGGAUCACCCUCACCUCCAAGAACGUCAAGCCCCUUGAGAAGUUCUGUGCCGACCUCGUUGGCCGUGCCAAGGACCGUGACCUUAACGUCAAGGGCCCCGUCCGUCUCCCCACCAAGGUCCUCAAGCACACCACCAGGAAGUCUCCCUGUGGUGAGGGUUCCAAGACCUGGGACCGAUACGAGAUGCGAAUCCACAAGCGUCUCAUCGACCUCCACUCCUCCGCCGAGGUUGUCAAGCAGAUCACCUCCAUCUCUCUUGAGCCCGGAGUUGAGGUUGAGGUUACCAUCGCUGCCUAAGCGGCGGAUCUUUUCAUAGAUCUUUUGGUAGACUUUUGGGGAUGUAUACGGUCGUUGGUGAAUAUGUUGCAA